AUGUUUGCUUCCCGACAGGCCAUUCGCAACGCUCCCCGCUUCGCUGCCCAGGUUCGCGCCGGGGCUCAGCGCCGCUUCGCCAGCUCCGCGACCGAGAACGAAUUCAUCAAGGAACGCCAGCACAUCAAGGACCACGCCAAGAGCACCACCGAGCUCUGGAGGAAGAUCUCCAUCUACGGUGUUACUCCCUGCCUCAUUGCCGCCGGCGCCAAUGCCUACUACCUGUGGAACGAGCACUGGGAGCACUGGAGCCACAUGCCCGCGCUGGAGGAUCGCACUGAGUAUGCCUACCAGAACAUUCGAACCAAGAACUUCCAGUGGGGUGACGGUGACAAGACUCUGUUCUGGAACGACAAGGUCAACUAUCACAACAAGGACAAGGUGGCCGCCAGGAACGCUUCAAAUGCAUGUGACGAUAGCAUAUGCCAGUGA